AAAUUGAAUGAGCGGGAGCGAGGGAAGCUCGGGACAUUCUGCCGGAGACGCGCAGGUGGCGGCGGCGGGGAAAAAGAGGGACAAGGCCAAAGUGAGCCGGACGUCGUUGAUACUGUGGCAUGCUCACCAGAACGAUCCAGUCGCCGUUAGGAAGCUGUUGGAGGAAGAUCGGUCCUUGGUUCAAGCCAGGGAUUAUGAUAACCGAACUCCGCUUCAUGUUGCUUCGCUUCACGGAUGGAUCGAAGUCGCUAAAAUCUUAAUUGAGUACGGUGCCGAUGUUAACGCGCAAGAUCGCUGGAAGAACACGCCUCUAGCUGAUGCGGACGGAGCUAGAAAACAUCACAUGAUUGAGUUACUAAAGUCGUAUGGCGGCCUGUCUUUUGGCCAGAAUGGAAGCCAUUUUGAACCAAGGCCUGUGCCACCACCUCUUCCAAAUAAAUGUGAUUGGGAAAUUGACCCUCUGGAGCUGGACUUUACAACCUCACACAUGAUAGGCAAGGGGUCCUUCGGUGAGAUUGUAAGAGCAUGUUGGCGUGGAACACCAGUAGCUGUUAAGCGUAUACUUCCAAGUCUCUCAGAUGACAAACUAGUGAUUCAGGACUUCAGGCAUGAGGUGAAUUUGCUGGUCAAACUUCGCCACCCUAAUAUAGUGCAAUUUCUUGGUGCUGUUACUGAAAAGAAGCCGUUAAUGCUGAUCACCGAGUAUCUGCGAGGGGGUGAUCUUCAUCAGUGCCUGAAGGAGAAAGGCGCACUAAGUGCGGCAACAGCUGUAAGCUUCGCUUUAGACAUUGCCAGAGGCAUGGCUUAUCUUCACAAUGAGCCGAAUGUCAUCAUUCAUAGGGACCUAAAACCGAGGAAUGUUCUUUUGGUCAACUCAAAUGCGGAUCAUCUUAAAGUUGGAGACUUUGGACUUAGCAAACUCAUCAGGGUUCAAAAUUCCCACGAUAUAUACAAAAUGACCGGCGAGACUGGCAGUUAUCGUUACAUGGCUCCUGAAGUCUUUAAGCACCGUAAAUAUGAUAAAAAGGUUGACGUGUUCUCUUUUGCAAUGAUAUUAUUCGAGAUGCUUGAAGGCGAGCCACCACUAUCGCAUUAUGAAGCUUAUGAAGCAGCAAAAUAUGUCUCUGAAGGAAACAGACCCAUAUUUAGAGCAAAAAGUUACACUCCUGAACUGAAAGAGUUGACGGAGCACUGCUGGGCAGCAGAUAUGAACAAGAGACCUUCUUUCUUGGAGAUUCUAAAGAGGCUCGAAAAAAUCAAGGAAACGAUACACCCAGAUCAUCAUCAUUGGCAUAUAUUUACGUAACCGAUUCAAUUGCCAAUCUCCAAGUGCGUAAGUUUGAUAUCUGUCCAACACAUCAUCCUUUUAUGGACACAUUCAAGUCCGAAACCUGAUUGUAAGGAUCGAUAAAGGUGAACCCCAGUUUUAGUUAAAUUUCAAAAUGACGAGCAUUUGUAGCCAGUUUUACACCAUCAGUUUUCCUCCUCUUUCCCCUUUCAUGCAACUCCGGUUUUCAGGCGAGUAUUAAGGAACUUCAGGAAAUCUCAUCUUUUAUUCAGACUCAAAGAAUGAAAUCUUACUGUUACUCCGGUGUUGCAGCUCGGAAAAACAUUUUACUUGUUUGCAUUGUUCUGCUACUUUUUUUACCUCUUCCCUUGUAAAUGCUAUAUUUAUUGGCCUUUUUCCCUGAAGAUAAUGUUGAAGAUUACUUGGAUCUUGC